UGGUUCUCAAGCUGCAGCUCUGUACAGAUAGAAUAGAAUAUAUAUUUCUUUCUUGGCGACUCUUAUAUACAUGUGUGUUGCGUAUUGGCGAUUUGUGAUGAAAUACGCUGGCGAUUACGAAUACGCACGGCAAAGCGCUGCCCCAUCUGAGCUGAUCCGGAUCGAUCGCGCCCGGGGACUAAUUUGAGUUGCUGGACGAGCUCUCAUUGGGUCGACUUUCAGAUCCACAGCUUCCGCGGCGACCGGAUAAUGCGUUCGUUGAGACUUGACUCAGAGACGGGAAAGAAGACAUCAGUGAUGAUGGCACUGCUUCGAUCAACGUGAUGCGUAGUCUGUGGUAGACUUUGAGCUUCAGACUUCAACAAAUCAUUGUGAAACUGACAUGGCCCGUUGGCCAGCAGCUUCACAUCCCGUUAUUCAACAGCUUCACUACGCCAAUCUUGCUACACACCUAAGCCAAGGCAAUGAAUGGAUGAUCGUAUACAGUUACGCCUUUGCAGUUCUACUGCUGAUGCUGCAGAUACAUUGUCUGGCACACGCGCCAAUUGACGAGAGAUACAUGCAAGCUGUCUAGUUUUCUAUGGACAACACUAAGAAAUUGCUACGUCGACGAUGUACCUCUUCUCUAAGCCGCGCCUCUGCCUACCCUAGAGUUGGAUUUCUUUCGAAAAAAAAAAGUAGGGAAGACGCGCCUGCGCCUACCCUAGAGUUGAAAAUUUUUCC